CCUUUAGAAUAGGAAGUGCAGUUGAAUUAGUACAUUGCGUGCUCCCGAACCGGUAUCUUAAAUGAUCGUUCAAGACUGAGUCCUGAACUUUUUCAUACUGUAUUUAAGUAAUUAGACGCGUUAUUUUGCUGGUAUAAUGUUAUGUUUAAGUGGUCUUUCGGUGGCACUGGCCCUGACGUUGGUGCCGAGCAGAUGUGAUGCUUUGAAAGAUGGAGAGUGUGAAGUUUGUGUGGGAUUCCUGGAUCGGUUUUACCAGUCACUUAAAGUCAACAACAAUGUCAAGUUCAACAGUGAAGCCAUUGAAAAUGCUCUUCUGAAAGCUUGCCAAGAAGCCAAAGGGAAAGAAAACCGCUUUUGUUAUUAUAUAGGCGCAACAAGUGAUGCAGCUACAAAAAUAAUCAAUGAAGUUUCCAAACCGAUGAGUUCCCAUAUGCCAGCAGACAAGAUCUGUGAAAAGCUGAAAAAGAAGGACAGUCAGAUCUGUGAACUGAAAUAUGAUAAACAAGUGGACCUGAGCUCUGUUGACCUGAAGAAGCUGAAAGUGAAAGAUCUGAAGAAGAUUUUGGAGGAAUGGGGAGAAUCCUGCAAAGGAUGUGUAGAGAAGUCUGACUUCAUCCGCAAAAUCAAUGAGCUGAUGCCCAAGUAUGCGCCCAAUGCGGCCAAGGCACGGACAGACCUGUAAACUCGCUGGAAAUUAUGGGACCCAGGCAGUGGCCAAAGGCAUUUGGGGUGGAAGAUUUGCGCUGUACAUCUGACCAACCACCUAGCAGUGGGGUUCGCAUUGUGUUGUCACUUUACCAGGUCUCCAGGGGUAAACUUCAAGAAUUCAAAUACACACAUUUCCAUGCAAAUACAAGACCUUUAAUUUAUGACUUGCGACACAUGCAGGCUAGUUUUGAGUAACAUCCACCACAACCUGUGCUUGCCUCCUGAUGUUAUGGGUAAUAUAUUUGACACACUUUGCAUAGUUUGAUUUGAUAUUUUUCUUUUUGAGGGUAUAGGCUUUCUUAGUUGAUUCGCAUUAUAUGAAAUAGCUGGGGGAGUCUCGCCUUCGAAAUGUGUGGGCCACUUUGAGUGGACUUUGCUGUAAAAUGUGUUUAUUAUAGUUAUACUGUCUUUUUCAUUAAAAGAAGAAAACAAA